AUGCCAAUGGCGCCGCGCGCUUCGCGCUCGUGGUUGCUUGCAGAAGUAGCGCUUGCAGGACAAAGCAAUGGUCAUUUUCAGCCGUUGGACGUGUAUCUGCAGGCUUGUGCAAGAGCUGAAGACAUUAUUCGACUGGUGACGACUCCGCGCCAUUACGACGUGAACGAGGACCUCGGAGCGCAAUGCGCAUGCAGACCGCAGACAUCCAUGACCAAACUGUGGGAGAGGGGCGUAUGUGCAAACACCACGUCAACAUAUCAGGAAGUGCUGAUUCCAAGAUGA